UAUUUUUUAUUAUUAAUUUUUUCUUAUCCAUCUCAUCCACCUCAAUUUUUUUUCCUUUUUUCUCCGUUCUUUCUUCUUCAUUCUCAGCUUCCAAAAGGAGCUUGGCCGACUAAAACCGUAGAAGCCACAAGAAGAUGCUUAAAAUAGUGCUUGAUGGACACAAGACUCUGGAACCUUUUUUUUCUCCUUCUCGCCACUUAGAGAUAUAUCAGAGCAAGUCCCCGUAAACAGAUUUUCUUUGACCGUUGUGCAACCAGGGCUGCUAUCAUCACGUGCGGAGGACUCUAUCUUGGGAUGAAUACUUGUAUAAGGGAGCUGGUUGUUGGCCUUUGGGAGCUCUAUGGGGUGCGCCAAUUUUACGGUUUCACCUAGUUGAGCUCAAUCCCAAGAUAAUGCAUUGCUGGCAUAGGAAGGGCGAGACUGUGCUUAGAACAUCUACGGUUGUCUUUGACCUCACAAAGAUUGUUGAUGCUGUUGAGAACCACGUCUUUAAUCAGGUUUACAUUAUAGGCGAAGAUGGCACAAUGCGUAGUGUUGUCAAAAUAUUUGAGGAGUCUCAGCGGCGGAAACCGAAAGUAGGAGUUACCGGAAUUUCGAAAACUGUUGACAACGAUGUGAGCAUAAUUGAUAGAUCAUUUGGAUUCCAGACAGCUGUAGAAAUGAUUGAGCAAGUAAUCCAUGUAGCUCGGUCGUAUGAAUGGAAUCGGCGUAGUGAAGCUAAUGGGUGGAAGCAAUACACGCAGUUUUGUCAAGUCCUAGGCUAGCAAAUUUCAGUUCUAUUUUAUUUUUACUUAUUUAUUUCUGUCUAGUAACAACAAUGGCAGUAACAGAGAUUAUUGCUACUGCAGCAGGGUCCUUAUUCCCUCAAAAUGGCAAAAUAUUAUUUUUGUGACUUGAAGAUUUUAAAAGGUUAAAAUGUGUGUAUUUUUCAAAAAAUAGGAAUUUAAUCUCUGUUAACACCGUUAAUUUUCUUGUUAACCCAUUUAAAUUUAAUAAUUUAAUUUUGCCCCA